AUGGAGGAACUAGUGGCCCUGCGGGACGGCUCCUCCAGGAAGCCAGUGACUCUGCAAGAGCUCUGGGGUCCGUGUCCGCGCGUCCGCAGAAGCAUCCAGGGGGGCCUGGAGUGGCUGAAAGGGCGGUUGUUCCGUGUGGGCGAGGACUGGUACUUCCUGAUGGCUCUCGGGGUGCUCAUGGCUCUGAUCAGCUAUGCCAUGAACUUCGUUAUCGGGCGUGUGGUCAGAGCGCACAAGUGGCUGUACAGGGAGAUUGGUGACAGCCACCUGCUCCGGUAUCUCUCCUGGACUGUGUACCCCGUGGCCCUUCUGUCCUUCUCCUCUGGCUUCUCACAGAGUAUCACGCCAUCCUCUGGAGGCUCCGGGAUCCCAGAGGUGAAGACCAUCUUGUCUGGUGUGGUCCUGGAGGAUUAUCUAGACAUCAAGAACUUCGGGGCCAAGGUGGCGGGCCUCUCCUGCACCCUGGCAACGGGCAGUACCAUCUUCCUGGGAAAAGUGGGUCCCUUCGUGCACCUGAGUGUGAUGAUUGCUGCCUUCCUGGGCCGUGUGCGCACCAAGACCAUCGGGGAAUCUAAGAACAAGACUAAGGAAAUGGAAAUGCUGGCCGCCGGAGCAGCAGUGGGCGUGGCCACGGUCUUCGCAGCCCCGGUCAGCGGUGUCCUGUUCAGCAUCGAGGUCAUGUCCUCUCACUUCUCUGUCUGGGAUUACUGGAGGGGCUUCUUCGCUGCCACCUGUGGGGCCUUCAUGUUCCGUCUCCUGGCGGUCUUCAACAAUGAGCAGGAGACCAUCACCUCCAUCUACAAGACCAGCUUUCCAGUGGACAUACCCUUUGACUUACCAGAGAUCUUCUUUUUUGUCGCCCUGGGGGCCAUCUGCGGUGUCCUGGGCUGCGUGUACAACUACUGCCAGAGAACUUUCCUAUUUUUUCUCAAGGCCAAUGGGGUCACCUCCAAACUGCUGGCCACCAGCAAACCGUUGUACUCAGCUCUGGCCGCCCUGGUCCUGGCUUCUAUCACCUAUCCCCCUAGUGCGGGCCGCUUCAUGGCUUCCCGGCUGUCCAUGUCAGAGCACUUGGAGACUCUGUUUGACAACAACUCCUGGGCACUGAUGACCAAGAACGCGUCCCCUCCCUGGCCAGCAGAGCCUGACCCCCGGAACCUGUGGUGGGAAUGGUGUCACCCACAGGUGACUGUCUUUGGGACGCUAAUCUUCUUCCUGGUCAUGAAGUUCUGGAUGCUGAUUCUUGCGACCACCAUCCCCAUCCCAGCUGGCUACUUCAUGCCCAUAUUUAUCUAUGGAGCUGCUGUCGGGCGCCUCUUGGGGGAAGCUCUAUCUGUCGCCUUCCCAGAGGGCAUCGUGGCUGGAGGAGAGGUCAAUCCCAUCAUGCCUGGGGCCUACGCUCUGGCAGGUGCUGCGGCCUUCUCGGGGGCGGUGACCCACACCAUCUCCACGGCGCUGCUUGCCUUCGAGCUGACUGGCCAGAUUGUUCACGCGCUGCCCGUGCUGAUGGCAGUGCUGGCGGCCAAUGCCAUCUCUCAGAGCUUCCAGCCCUCUUUCUACGAUGGCACCAUCAUUGUCAAGAAACUGCCAUACCUGCCUCGGAUCCUCGGCCGCAAGAUCGGUUCCUUCCCCGUGACUGUGGAUCACUUCAUGAACUGCGCCCUCGCCACGCUAGCCAAGGACAUGCCCCUGGAGGAAGUGAUCAAGGUCGUGUUCUCCACAGAUGUGACCCAGUACCCCCUGGUGGAGACUACAGAGUCUCAGAUCCUAGUAGGCAUUGUAAAAAGGACCCACUUGGUGCAAGCCCUUCAGACUGAGUCAGCUUCGUGGGCUCCAGGCCAGCAGACCUGUCUCCAGGACAUCUUGGUUAGUGGCUGCCCCACCCAGCCAGUGACACUGCAGCUGUCCCCAGAGACCUCCCUGCAUGAGGCACACAACCUCUUUGAGCUGCUGAACCUUCAGUUGCUGUUCGUGACGUCUCAGGGCAGAGCUGUGGGCUCCGUGUCCUGGGUGGAGCUGAAGAAAGCAAUUUCAACCCUGACCAACCCGCCCACCCCCAAGUGAGUCAGCGUGGGGGUCGGCAGCCUGGCGUCCAGGGGCUCAGCGGCGCACAGUUCAGUUUCUUGGCUCAGCAAGGCAUCUCUGCUCAGCCGAGAAGAGAAUCAUCCCCCAUUAACCUCUCCCUAUCCUGGAGGACCUGAGAGUAAAUGAAGACAGUACAUACUGUCACCAACGGGGUUGCAUGCGCCUUCUGGGGUCUGCUGACAACCAAGAGCUCCCGAGAAAAAUAAAACUGAUGUACA